ACUGUGGCUGUCAGUGUCAAGCCAAAAAAGUAUAUCGUGCAGUGCUGUCAGACGUGCUAACAUAAUUAUACAGUUAGCAAAAUUAGACAACGCAUUUCCAUUCUGCUGCUUUCAGUUUCAUCUCCCAAGAAACGCACAUAGCAGCUCCGAAACGAACCUCACAAACCCCAGAUAGUAGGAAGAAAGAAAGGGGUAUUACCCAAAAAUGGCGCAGUUAGCAGAAACAUACGCGUGCGUGCCGUCGACGGAGCGGGGCAGGGGAAUCCUAAUAUCGGGCGACUCGAAAUCGAACUCUAUCCUCUACUGCAACGGGCGAUCUGUCAUCAUCCGGUACUUGGACCGACCGUUAGAGGUGCAGGUGUAUGGAGAGCACGCCUACCCCGCCACCGUGGCCCGAUACUCCCCUAACGGCGAGUGGAUCGCUUCUGCUGACGUGUCAGGUACGGUGCGGAUCUGGGGGACCCGCAAUGAGUUCGUGCUGAAGAAGGAAUUUCGGGUGCUUUCGGGUCGGAUCGACGAUCUUCAGUGGUCCCCCGACGGUCAGCGCAUUGUGGCAUCUGGCGAUGGCAAGGGGAAGUCUCUCGUUCGCGCCUUCAUGUGGGACUCAGGAACUAAUGUUGGAGACUUUGAUGGGCACUCAAGAAGAGUCUUAAGUUGUGCAUUUAAGCCGACAAGACCGUUUCGCAUUGUAACAUGUGGGGAGGAUUUUUUGGUUAAUUUUUAUGAAGGGCCUCCAUUUAAGUUCAAGCUAUCUCACAGGGAUCAUUCGAAUUUCGUAAACUGCGUCCGUUUUUCUCCAGAUGGGAGCAAAUUUAUUAGUGUAGGCUCCGAUAAGAAGGGUAUAAUAUAUGAUGCCAAAACUGGAGAUAUAAUUGGGAAGUUGUCUUCCGAGGAUGGCCACAAAGGCAGCAUAUAUGCAAUUAGUUGGAGUCCUGACAGUAAACAGGUACUAACAGCGUCUGCAGACAAGUCUGCCAAAAUUUGGGAAAUAUCUGAGGAUAAUAUUGGAAAAGUGAAGAAAACUUUGACUUGUCCAGGUUCUGGUGGAGUAGAUGACAUGUUAGUUGGAUGUCUCUGGCAGAAUGAUCACAUUGUUACUGUUUCUCUCGGAGGCACUAUAUUUUUGUACUCAGCUAGUGAUCUUGACAAGGCUCCACUGUCAUUAUCUGGACACAUGAAGAAUGUCAGUUCGCUAGCGCUGCUGAAAAGUGAGCCCAAAGUUAUAUUAUCCAGCAGUUACGAUGGCUUAAUAGUUAAGUGGCUUCAAGGUACUGGAUACUAUGGAAAAUUAGAAAGGAAGGUGAUUUCUCAGAUAAAAUGUUUAGCGGUGGUCGAAGAAGAAAUUGUUUCGUCUGGAUUUGACAAUAAGGUUUGGAGGGUUUCUCUGCAAGGAGAUCAAUGUGGCAAUGCCGAGUGCAUCGAUAUUGGCAAUCAGCCAAAGGACUUGAAUCUCGCCCUUCUUUCUCCUGAUCUUGCAUUGGUUACUAUUGAUACUGGUGUAAUCCUCCUCCGUGGUUCAAAAGUCGUUUCCACCAUUGACCUAGGGUUCACUGUCACGGCAUCUGCUAUAGCACCAAAUGGUACUGAAGCUAUUGUGGGCAGUCAGGAUGGAAAAUUGCAUGUAUAUUCUAUAACAGGUGAUACUCUGAACGAAGAGGCAGUACUUGAAAAACAUCGGGGAGCUAUCACUGUCAUUCGCUAUUCUCCAGAUGUUUCCAUGUUUGCAUCAGGAGAUGCUAAUCGAGAAGCUGUCGUCUGGGACUGUGCUUCCCGCGAGGUAAAGCUUAAAAAUAUGCUGUACCACACUGCUCGAAUAAACUGCAUUGCUUGGUCUCCUGAUAACAGCAUGGUUGCCACUGGAUCACUUGAUACAUGCAUAAUUAUAUAUGAAGUAGACAAGCCGGCAUCAAGUCGGAUAACUAUCAAGGGAGCUCACCUGGGUGGAGUCUACGGCUUAGUUUUUACUGAUGAACACAGUUUGGUUAGUUCUGGUGAGGACGCUUGCAUCCGUGUAUGGACUGUAACACCACAGUAACAUAGAAAAUUUUGGGUUUGAUCUAUUUCUGGGAAGGAUAAGAGAGUAUUCAUGAAUGCGGGCAUGUGAUUGGCAUUAGACAUCCUUUCAGGAGCAUCCUCUCUGCAAUCUUUUAUCUCAUGCUUUGAGGACUAUCCUCUGCCUGAAAAUUGAAGUAGUUGCUUGUCAUGUUAUCACAAUGCUGGUCUCAAAUACAUUGGAUGUAUGAUAGUUUGUGGCGCAUGUCUUAUUUAUUCCACCGGCUUGAAUCGAUCUCAUUCUGUUUCUGUUGAUGUAUGUUUUAGGACAGCAUCCUGGGUAAUGUGUAUUAUUAGCAUUUUUUCUUACGUUUGGUCAUUGCAUCAAGAUUGGAAAUUAUUGUAGCCCUUGUCUAUGUUGUCCUGCUGUAAUUACUUUUUUUUUUUAAGAUUGAUGUAAUGUGUAUUAUUGACAUUUUUUCUUC